AUGGACGGCCUGAUUCACAAGAAAGUGAUCAAAGUGAACGACAAGGUUGUUUUGGAGCGUACAUCAAAAUUGGGAGACAUGAAAUCGGUUUGCGACGACCACAGAAAGAUUCUGACCCAAAUGGCACUCGACGGAAAGUCGUCUCCUCGGAUGCCAUCGGCGACCCACAGGCGACCCACCGAGGCCAAGCAAAGACAGCCGGCGGGUAGGUCCAUCGACAUUGCUGCCCAUUUGAACUCGAUCGAGGCCGAGAUCAACCAGCUCAGGUCGAAGAAAAUGGUCCUGGCCAACGAGAAGUGCAACUUUGAGGGCUUCUGCAGGCAGCUGAAGAGUGACGUCGGCAAACUGAGGGAAACCAACGCCAAGCUGAACCAAGAGGUCAGCAAGGAAAAGGGCGAGAGCAAGGCUCUUGAAGAGUACAGGACAAAGGUGCUUGCCGACUUGGAUGAAUUGAAUCGCAGCAUCAAGGAGUGCAAGGAGAGCCUACGGCAAAAGCAGAUCAGACUGUCCGAACUGAAAAACGCUGAGUGCAAAAUGGACGAGAAGCUGCGCAACAAAAGUGAAAUGCAGGAGAAACUGACGAAGUUUCAGAAGGAAAUGGUCAAAUUGGAAAAAGAAGUUUCCUCCAGCAAGCAGCAGCUGCAGUCUCUGAGAGAGGAGUCGCAGAAGCUCAAGGUGGAAGUCGAGCACCAAAUGAAAACCAAGAGCGAGCUGGAGGGCACGCAGAAGUCGUGUGCGAGCCAAGUCGAGAGUCUUCAGAAAAAGGUGCUUCAGAAGCAAGAGGAAGUGAGCAAGUUGACCACGGAGCUGAUAGAACUUAAAACCAAGGUGAGCGAGCAAACUUCCAUCUUGGAAGACUGCAAAUUCAGCAGCUUGGAACUGGAGGGACUGGUGGAGGAAGCCACCACGGCCAAGAGGCGUCUUGAAGAGGACGUGCGAAUCAGUGCCGAGGACGCCAACAGAUUGGACGCACAAUACAAGAAUAUGGAGAAGGAUUUGAAAGAGGCGAAAAAUGGCUUGCGGGCGAUUGAGAAGCGUCGUGCGGAUCUACGGAGGCAGAAUAGUGAGAUGGAAAAAUCGGAAGAGAGGCUAGUGGCUGAAAAUAAGAACAUGGACAACAAGUUGACCGAUUUGCGAGGAAUGUUCAGUAGAAAGAGUGACGACUUGAAGAAACUACGGCUCAAAGUGACCGAGGUCAGCAAGAGUGUUGAGAAGAUGAGGGAGGAGGAAAAGGAACUUCUUAAGCAGUUUGAGGAAAUGAAGCGCAAAGAGAACAAAGACAAGACUAGCAAAGCACUGAUGGCCACUAAUUUGAAGCGUCUCUCUCAAGAAAUUCGCACCAUGCAAGAGCAGGAGAAGCAAAUGACUGCAGAGAAAACUCAGUUGGAAAGCUACCUGAGCACUCUGAAGGAAGAGGUGGUCAGGAUGAAGGAUGGCGCAAAAGAAGCGGAGUACGAGUUGUCCGCGCUCCAUCAGCUGGAGACCCAGGUGUCGCAGGAGAUCGCCAAGACGAGGACCAAAACUGAGCAGCUCAUGAUCUCUGAAAAGGAGCUGCUCCGCAAGGUGGAAAUGGAAAGGUUAGCCGAGUUUGAAGCCAUCAGAGAGAAACUCGUCAGGCGAAAACUGAAUUCGGAAGAGAGCAUCUACUGCAACUUGAAGCCGCAAGAAAAGUCAGGAGCACCAGCUGCUCUGCCAGUCAGGGCUGCAAAGAAGACCAAGAGAGGCUGGUUUAGCAAGAAAAAGGUUGCUCCCGAAACUGGGAAUAAUCCGUAG